AGAUUAUGGUAUUCAUUUGGCACAACUUUCGGUUGAUGUAAAUGGAGCCUUACCAAUUAGGCAGGUAAGGAGGAUUUUAUAAAAUGAUUUAGCUUUGUAUCAUGAUGAGAUCUUGUAAGCUCAAGAGUCAGGUAAAUAGCUGGUUUCACGAAGGAGUAUGUAUGAUCGGGAGUGAUAGAUAUUUAGAUUUGGGGCAUAACUGAAUCUAGAUGGGAUAUUUGUAGAUGAAAAUUUCAAACAAAAAUAUAUAUGUACAAAAUAACAAAUUCAGGGUUCGAAUUAGAGAGAAAAAGUCGACUCGCAAUUUUUUUUGUGAAUUUUGAAAUUCUUGCCCCUAGAAAUUAUAAAAUUAUAUUCCGCCCCAUUCCGGAAAACUUACUUUACAAACUGCAUACAAAAGACAGUAUAUUGUUAACAAUUUAGUAUAAGUGGACAAAAAAUUGAAGCUUUGUGUAGGUAUUUGAUUGCCAAUGGUUGUUAAAUCACGAGAAAGUGGGAUUUUAUGUUCACGAUGCGUCAAAACCGCGAUGUUUACAAGCUUGAUGGGGCCUGGGAUGACAAAAUGGCGGCCAAUUUUAGGUCGAGAAUGCACUGUCCGAAUUGCGUAAAUAUUUCACCUAUAUUUCUUUGUUUCACAUACGUUUAAAAAAAAACGCUGAAUGCAAAAAUUGAAAACGAGUACAUUUUUACGAGUUACAGGAACAAUCGCAAUUGCUCAACCGUUAUGGAAUUGUUUUAAUAAGGAUCCUACUAAAAAUGUCUAUCUAGUGAUCAUAAACAAGAAAACAUGGUAUUUUAGCGAAUGAGAAAGCAUUGACGUGCAUUGUCGUGGUGCAAAGAUGUCUUUUCCAAUAUUCUCAGACAUGUUAUUUUGGGAAGCAUGCGCGAAAAAUGUAAAAUAUUAUAAGUUGGAGAAAUGAUUUUUCUCUUAUUUUCUGCAUGUAAAACGUAUAGAAGAUGGAGCCCUAACCAGAGCUCUGUCAUUUUGGAAGGUAUAUUUCCUGAAGCACGCCUAAUCAAUGUAGAGUGUCUUUCUCUUUGCCCUUAGUACAUACUCUUUAUUUAUCACCUUACAUUGCAGUUCGACUAUACAUAUAUCAGCUAGAAUUUGUUAUUACAGUAGAUACGCGCAGUAAAAGUGCGCAGUGCAAAACUGAUGAAUCACCUUAUAGUAUAAUAGUUGAUGUAGAGGCUAUGGAAGUUGUAAAAUCAAAACAUUGCUGUGGAUAUCAUACAAAAUAUACGGAGAAUCUUCCCAAACAUCUCAGUUUCAAGGUUCGAUAAACAUAGUUAGGAUAAACAUAGUUAGGAAAGUAAUAUCACAAUUGUUGUAAAAAUAAAUAGUCUUAUAGCUUAGUAGGUAACAUAAGUGAGCGUAACACUUGAUGUAAUCGGUCAUUAAAAAGCCCGAUGGAGAGUGAGCUGAAUAAUUAUAUAUAUAUAUAUAUAUAUAUAUAUAUAUAUAUAUAUAUAUAUAUAAGGUACAGAGCAUGAGAUAAACUGGACGAGAAUAUGACCUGCAUGAGGUACUGUACAUACUGCAUGCUUUGGACUGAUAUUUUCUUUUCUUGUACCGAAAGCUAAGCCCUCGAAAAAAUUGAUUCCCACAACUUUGAAUGCAGUUUUACUGUAAUUGCCUGUCGUCUCUCCAUGUAUUACAGACAUUUACUGUGGCUGGAGUGAGUGAAUUCUAUAUCGCUGUAAAUCACACGUCUCUCUAGCCUUACCGGCUUUACAAGUUCAUUGAGUCUCGGGAUUCAAUAGUUCUCUUCAAUGACGGCCAUGAUAUAAUUAUACAUGUACAUGUAUACAGUAAGUUAAAAAUCCUGCCUUACAGGUACCAACCGUUAUGGGUAUUGAUUUCUCGCGACCAGCUUUCCAGUGAACGUAGAAUUCGUUGGUAAACAAAUCCAGUACAUUCCUUCUACCCUACCAUGGCGUUCCAAGACACCUUGAUAAUUCUCUGACCCGUUGAACUUACCUUACCUUUAUCUUGAGCUCGCGUUAUCAACAACUUAUCUCGCCUCAUGCUUUUCUCACAAUUUCGGAUGAAUUUGAAAUUCCAGGGAAUGACUCUCAGCGAAUAAUUCUCAAAAUUCAAUAUCAAUUAUGUUUUUUGUUUUUCGUUUUUUUUAGUUGGCAUCCGUUGUCCUAAAGCAGUAUGUUCAAGUUCAUUGGUCAUCGAUAUCAGAAAAAUUCACCCCACCAGAAACGUCUGGCAAAGUAAGUACUUAUUCGUAAGUUCCUGUAAGUACUGUAUGGCUGCAAUCAUAAUACUGCGCUGAGGGUUAUGCGCUUGACGUUUGACCGUGGUGUUAACCAAACUAGGAGAAUGUUGAGAAAGAUAUGCCGAUUAUGUUUAAAAUAUUUUCAGCUUAUUUUUCAAGCGUUAGCUUGCAGGUACAGAUAGAAUUGUUAAGACCUAAUAUUUCAAGUUAUUCCUAUUUGUUGCUAAGGUGUGGCAACUGGUUAUGCUAUGCUAAUAACCUUGCAUCUAAAUAGAUGUUAAAGGCGACACAUUAUGCAAAUCAUUAAAAAUGUGCAUAGCAUGACCCGUUGGUAUGGCUAGCUUCGCCACUGGGUGUGGUUUUAGUAACCCGUGUGGCUAUGUUACUGUGCUCCCCAGUCCUCUCCAAGGCCAGUUUUCCAUUUUACCCAAAUUUGAGAAUUCGAAAAGGGGGUUUUGGUGUGGUUAGUUCGAAACGUAUCAGAUAAAGUCGUUCAGUUUCUAUAACGUCACCACCCAAACUGCUUGAAAUGGCAUUCAUUGACUGUCCCUUUUAGAAUUUCCCAAGCAAGCGAUAUUAGUUGUGAUCAUACAGUAGAUCAUCACUGGGACUUUUUUUUCUCAGGCGAAGGCGGUUAUUCGUGAACUUCUCCCUCGUGGUUUACAAGAUUCAACCAGUAAAAUUCGCUCUAGCGUGGUAGGUGUUAUAGUUUUUAUGUUCAAUUUUUCAUUCUUUAAAGUGCACCUAACCUCAAUUCUUUUUAUCAUUUCAUUCAAGAUUAAGAACUUCUGAAAUGAUAUAAUAACUUAUUUUGAAGAUUUUCGUUCGCUCACUUUGUUUCUGAGAUAUUUCAGUUUGUUUGGUAUGCAAAUAUCCGGAAUUUACGUCACAAAUACAUGAUGACUUAAAGUAAAAGCUUGUAUAUCGUAUUCACUAUCGAGUUUAAUUCAUUAAAAUGAAGUUUGGAGUUGGUGGACGAUUACACACCUAUGUAAAACAUCAUUUAUAGCCUUUUUAUUUCAUGAUAUUUAACUGUACCUUACUGUACAUUCUUUGAUCAGUCAUUGUUCAAAUGUGACGUAAAUUCCGGACAUUUGCAUGUCAAUGAAACUGAAAUAACUCGGGGACAAAGUGUGCAAUCGAAAAUCUUCAAAAUAAGUUGCAAUAUCAUUUCAGGGGUUCUUAAGAAUGAGAUGUUAGAAGAGUGAGAAGUCGAGGUUACGUGCACUUUAAGUGAAACUGAUUUGAUAACUUGUUAACCUGAGAUUUCAAAACGUUAGUUAUAAUAGUUUAUUUUAACCAGUUUGUGUGUUAA